CGCCAUGGAAGGCGAGGCGAACGCGACCCUCCAACCAUCCUGCGGCGCCAGCGAGCCGCCCUUCUCGGAGGAGCAUCUCCAGAGCCUUGACCUACCAGGGAGAUUUCUCUUUGCAAUCUUGACUCUGAUGACGCUGAUUGCCAAUCUUGUGUUUAUAGAGGAAGCAGUCUACAUCUACAGGAAAAUCCCCUCCUCCAAAAGAUCAAUCAUAAUUUGGGUUAAUGCUGCAGCUCCAGUGAGCGCUACUACUUCAUGCAUUGGCAUGUGGAUUCCUCGCUCAACGAUGUUUACAGAUUUCACAGCAGCAGUAUUUUUUGCCAUAGUUAUCCACAAGUUCCUGCUGAUGAUGAUUAAAGAGUGUGGAGGUCAAAAGCUGCUGCUCAGGCGGUUCGAAAACGGUCGCUUCAAGAUCAGCACCGGUCCCUGCUGCUGCUGCUGCCUUUGCCUCCCUCGUGUGCGCAUCACUCGGCGAACUCUCUUUUGGAUGAAGCUGGGCACCUUUCAGUUUGCUUUUUUUCGACCCAUGUUCAUGUUUUUAUCAAUAGUGCUUUGGACUAAUGGCAAUUACACCCCUUACAAAUUAUCUCCUAAAGAAGCUGGGUUGUGGAUUAACUGCUUCGUUGGUGUCCUCACCAUUCUUGCUCUGUGGCCAGUUGCAAUCAUGUUUCAACAAGUUAGGACUCUACUUACCUGUAAGAAGAUCAUCUCUAAGUUUGCUCUUUAUCAGUUUAUCCUCAUUCUGAACCACUUGCAGACAGCUAUUAUCAACAUCUUGGCCAUGCAAAGAGUUAUUCCCUGUGCUCCACCACUCUCCUCUUCAGCAAGAGGAGCAUAUGUGACCCAGCAGCUCCUCAUCAUGGAAAUGUUUCUGAUAACCCUAAUUUCAAGGGUGGUUUAUCGGAGAAGAUAUGAUGACCUAGAGCCUCCAGAAUGUACGGGUGAAGAGGUUGGGGACAACAAGCAGACUCCUAAGAUUAUCAUGAAUGGUGCAGUUAGUGAAGAUGGACUGCCAAGGAUUUAGAAGCCCCGGUGCUCCUAUUCUGCAGGAGCUGGAAGCUCAGCUUCAGGAGCUUGUAUGUGCUUGCAUCCCAAAUAGCCACUCUCCACAUCAGAAUAACUUCGGACAUAAAUGCCUCUGAGCUGAAGUACUGAAAGGACUGCUAGUGGAAAGAUAACCCCAUUUAUUCUCCAGUGAUAUACACAUGGUGUGAGUGUUUUCAUACCACCUAAUUUAGUAAGAGUUCAUACCAUGUGCUUUUACCCUGUUACUGAGCACUUGAUUGGUAUCCAAACUGUCUCGCAAUGUGAUUUUAUUUUAUUUUUAUUUUUUAGCUAUUAGAAUGGCUAUGAUUUAGAGUUAAUCCAAAGUCAUUCAUGUUCAUCUCUUUUGACUAUUUUAAAUCUUAUUUCACUGUGGAUUGCUGCCAUAUAUCCAACACAGCACUUUCCCAUCUUUCCUCCAUAAAAAAUUAUCAGCUCUCACUCUGUACCACGAGCUCACCAUAGCUAAUUCUGAUCAGUGAAUACAUUUGCGUAUGUUUUUCUGAAAUCCCCAAACCUGUCUGGGCUCUCCACCUACAUAAAUGAUGAUCUCUUUAGGGCAGGACUUUUUACAUUCCUUGGCAAUUCAACUCCUAACUUGGUAACUGCACAGUUCCUGUUUGUAAAUACGCCACUGGCAGAUGUUCUUCCUAGGGUUGGCAGAUUCUCUGUCACUGGCCUGGAAAAAGAAAGUAGGAGUUGAAGUCUGAGAGAUCUUCUGCCACUGCUCUAUGAUGUUAUUUGGUGCUUUGGUUCUCUGCUUGGAAAAUGGGAAUAAGGAUAACCUUGUGUUAAAGGUGUCUGUGGGGAUUAGAGCUCUUGAAAGGAAUCUCUUUCAGAAAAUUCUUCCCUCCCCAGCUUCUUCACUUCAAAUCUGACUUGCCCAGGUGUCCAGUAGGACUUCAAGUAUUACAGGAUCUUUUCAAUUUGCACCCAUUGCUCUGUGUUUACAUAAACAAGUUUUUACAUUUUGCAAAUGAUCGUGAUGUUCUUGGGUGAACCUUACUGCUUUGGUUUAGCUCACUGUAAUUUUAAAAUAAUACUCUAUUUAGUAAGCAUUUGGGUAUUCUCUUUGUUGGGACAGGAGGUGCAGCGCCGUGUACUAGCACUUGUCUGGCCUCAUCUCGUCUGGUCCCUAGAAGGAAGCACCCAAUCCACACAGCAAGAAUGCUUAUUCCAUACAUAGGCAGGGAAAAAAAUGUUUCAUGUUGGAAAAUAUGUCAAUGAUAUUUUUUACCUAUAUUGUAUCAAAUAGAACUAUCAUCAGAGCAAAGCUUGGCAAACAGGCUUUAUUUUUAGUUUACAAGGAAUUAAAAAAAUACUUUCACUUUGGGAGUUGGUGGAAAAUGAAAUAUUCUGAAAACAGCUAGUGAACUGUCUGAAAGUAGAAAAGGGGGUUAAAUUAAACACAACAUUUUCUUUCUGAUUGACGUCAGAAAUAAUAUUUUCUUUGACAAUUGAAGGAUUACAUUAUAGUAGAAAAAAAUUGGAUUAUUUUUGUUCUGAGUGGUUGAAACUAUUUCUAUAUUUAAUUUUUUUCUAAGCAGUCAGUCUGGGAAAUCAAUACAGAUUCUUGAACUCACGAACAUGAGAGAAUCUGCACUUUUCCUUUGAAAAACAAUUUCGGUGAAAAUGUUCACUCUGUAUGAGAGUGUGUUAGUAGAAUUGACUGGGACCAGCUAACAUAUUCUUAACAUGGGAAAUCUUCUUAGUAUUUUUUCAUAUUAUGGCUAUUAACAUAUUCCUAAUGUUGCUUUAUUUCAGUUUAGUCUAGGCCAUGGUUACAUUUAUAGACUUGUAGAGCAGAACUUAAUUUCAUAACAGCAUUGGGGAUGGUUGGCUGUGAGUUCAAGCAGCUUCAAAAUUGGAAAAUAAAAUAUUUUUAAUUGGUAGGGUAUCUUUGUGAA